CAGGAUCCCUCCCUCCCCCUCUCCCCGUGGAUCUCUGCGCUGCUCUCCAGCCUCUACCCAGGCAGGCCUCUCUCCUCGCCAUCCUCCUCCUCGGUGGGUGUGAAUGAGUGGGCGAGGGGUGUGACCGCGCCGGCUUCGGCGUGAUUUACGGCUUUGCUGAAAACGGCUUUUCCCCGCAGCAUCAGCACCGCUGGCAGCCGCCGCCGCCGCCGCCGCCGCCGCCACCACAGCAACAAGUCAGGAUCUGGAAAGUAAUGCAACAGAACACUUUUGAAGAAAGCAGAUACCCCUGGCAGGAGUCGUUUGAAAAUGUCAGUGUCUGCAUGCCGUUCCGUUGCCCACGAUGCGGGGACCGCACCAGAUUCAGGACCCUGUCAUCCCUGAGAGCCCAUCUGGAAUACAGCCACAGUUACGAAGAUCGGAGCCUUCUGACAAAAUGCAACCUCUUUUCUUCCCUCAGAGACGCAGACCUGAUCUCUUCUUCCGAGCUCCUGACGCCAGGGAUGCUUGGCGACGGCCCCGGUGUCAUGAAACCAAAGACGUCCUAUCUCAACUUCUGCGACACGGCCCAGGAGAACACCAGGAACAGGAAGCCGCUGGAGGCGGAAGCAGAAAGGCCUGCGUCUCUGGGGUCAAAUUACACGUCAGGGGAAUCCGUAGACGAGCCGAUAUCUAAGCCAGGGUUGGCGACAAGUGACUCGAAAGCCUCGUUCGAGGCCCACGUGAGAGAGAAGUUCAACCGGAUGGUGGAAGCGGUGGACAAAACGAUCGAGAAGAGGAUCGACAAGCUUACCAAAGAGCUGUCCCAAAAGACGGCCGAGCUCUUGGAGGUUCGGGCAGCUUUUGUGCAGCUUUCUCAGAAGAAGCAGGAAGUCCAGAGGCGGGAGAGGGCCCUCAACAGGCAAGUGGACGUGGCGGUGGAGAUGAUCGCGGUGCUGAAGCAGCGGCUUACGGAGUCAGAGGAGGAGCUCCACAGGAAGGAAGAAGAAGUCGUUACAUUUAAUCACUUCCUGGAGGAAGCUGCUGAGAAGGAGCUUCGCGGCAAAGCCAGGCUCCAGCGUUUCAUUGAGAAUCUCCUGCAGCGGGUGGAUCUGGCAGAAAAGCAACUGGAGUACUACCAGAAUCAGCAGAUCGUGGGCAGCUACAGCGAUGUCCAUGAAUAUGUGUUUACAGAUAUAUCAUCCAGCAAGAAACCCAGAUGCCUCAGCAGCCGAGGAAACCAACACGGUUACUAUAACACCCCUGAUGUGAAACCUCACUCUCUUCAGAAGGGACGGAUGCACUUGAAGAAAGCCAAGGAGGACAAAUCCUGCGCCCACCCAGUUAAAUUGUUUUAUGAACCUGUUGACUGCGCAAGGGACGUUUGGAGACCUCAGAAGAAAGGGGACGCCGUCGGUGCCUCCCGCAAGGUUAACGUGAAAUCAAAGAUCAGUAAAAAAAGCAAACAGCUCUACUAAGAGCCCAUAUACGAUAUAGAGAUAUAUGUAUGUAUCUAACCUAAUCUAUUUAUAAAUGCAUAAUGCAAGAUCUGGCAGCUUUGGGCUACUACAGAUAGAGAUUAAUAGCACAAUCAUUCGCCUGUCUGCUCAAAAUUCAGUCCCCUGAGUUUGACAGGACUUGCUCCCAGGUAAGUGUGCCUAGGAUUGCAGGCUUAAUUCUGUCGAACUUGGAGGGGUUUCCUUCUGAACAGACAAGUCUAGGAUUGCGCCGUUGGUCCCACCCAUUGCUUAAACCACAAUAUAUUUCCCUAUGCAUUUGGGCAAUGAUAUAUUUAAUAGAUGAUAUAAAUACGUAAAUAUAUAGAAUAAUUUAACUGCCUCAUUUCCAGGACUUUGAUUGUAGAUGUGGCACUUUAUUUUCCCCAAGAGCAUCUUUUCAAUUGAGUCCGGCAUUUCACUCAUCCUAAGUCUUGUUUUGCUUACUUACGUUUGGAAGAAUUCCUUCUGCCUGGCACCUUAAUAAAUCCCUUAUCUAGUGAGAGUGAUGGGUCGGGAAUAGAAUUAGAAAACGAUUUGUGGAAGCCCUAAAUGCACUGAGCCGAGUGUUCUUCCUUUGACGCCAGGGCACAAACUGCACCAUGCCACUUCUGCAAGGACUAAGCAGCUGGGAGGAAUCUGAUUGGAUGACUACCUCCCUCCCUGCCUACUACCACCUAGAACAGGAAGUAGGGAGGAGUGAACUGGAGGUCUCUGUAAGCUGCCUUCUGCUGGUGGCCUAGACGGGCAGCUGUUGUGAUUGAUCCCUGCACUCGCCUUCUGGGAUGCCCUCCAGCUGCAGUGGGGGGAGGAAUGGGAGGUUAUCAGCACUGCCUUUUCUGGGUAGCUAUGGCAGGUUGGAGGCUCAGGGCUCACUCCUUGACUUCCUUUUCCAUACAGCUGAAUGGCUACUUUAGUGGUGCAGAAAGCGCUGCAGCAAAGCACUACAGUGACUUAGUUUUGUGCCUUGAAGGUCAGCACAUCUGCAGCCAUUUAGCUAUAUUGUAUCUGCACCUCACUUUUCCUUCAAGGAGCUCUGGACAGCAUACAGGAGGGUUGUUCUGUUUUGCCCUCCUGGUUUGGGCUGAGGGAGAGUGGCUCAAGGUCAUGCCACGAGCUUUACACAUGAGUGAGGGGUUCAAACUCAUGUCUGUCUGGUCCAGGCCCCAGGGGAGUAGCCAGGGAAACCAUGGCCACUGCUAGGCCCACAAUGCUCCUAGUGGUUUUUCUUACCCUUGAGCAAAAAUACAAUACAGCAAUUGAGCCCCUGCAUGACAUAGAGUGGCUUGUUUUGCCGUUCUUGAUCCAAGCUCAAACGCUUGCUUCACGUAACUUGCUCUUUCCUGAAGCAGCCCUGUGUGUGGUCAAGUUGCCCACCAUCUUGCCCAGGAAAAAAGCCUGAGGCCACAUGAUGCCAUUACACUGCAAAGGCAAAGCAGCGGGUCUCAGUCUGGACAGUGGCUGGAGCCAUAGGUAAGCUGCUCUUAGCUUUCUUAAGGAAGGCCGGGCUAAGGAAGGGUGCUAAUAAGCUGCCAUACUUCUUCCAUAGAGUAACAACCCUCCCUUAAUGGUAGCAGCCACAGGACUUCCAAAUAAGUGGGGUGGGUUGUGUUUGGCCAAAAUACCGUAGUUAGUUAAUUCAUCCACUUUGACUUUCUGGAACAGAUGUGGGCAACAUAAGACCCACAAGCCAAAAAUGGCCUGUAAUUCUGUUUUGCAGAAUCUGACAUGAGUUGCAGUCCAGUCGGCCCAAAGUCUGUUUUGGGGGGCCUAAUCCGGCCCCUAUGGCAGUUUAUUUCCUGGAGUAAAAUCCUAAAAAAACCUUGACACCUUAAAAAAAGCUCAAUAAGUUUGGUUGGCCCUUUGGGCGGCCCUCACGGCCCUUUAUUUCAUCAAAUCUGGCCCUUUUUGAAAAAAGUUUGGACACCACUGGUAGUGGAAGGCUUAGAGCAGGCAUAGGCAAACGCGGCCCUUCAGAUGUUUUGGGACUACAACUCCCAUCACCCCUAGCUAACAGGACCAGUGGUCAGGGAUGAUGGAAGUUGUAGUCUCAACAUCUGGAGGGCCGAGUUUGCCUAUGCAUGGCUUAAGAGACACAUCAGCCCCUGAAGCUAGAUGGGGGAGGGGGGGCAUUGUUAUCUCUCUUCAAGGAGAAUAGAGCAACAGCAGGAAACUCCUCUGCCACCUAGUGACUUGACCAUAUAAUGGCACCAUCCACAUGCUUCGCUUGCAACAUCUGAUGGCUCACGCUGCUCAUUCCGAGUGCUGCGGGGCCUCAGGGUCUUCACAACUUUGUGCAUGGCUUAGUGAAUGAAGUUCGCUAAGAGCAGAAUCCAAAGGUGAUAGCAGCAUUCCCCAACUUAGGGAACUUGGUACUUUCCAGAUGUGUUGGGAAAGUCAUGUGGAAUGGGUGUUGCUGUCCGAAACAUCUGGAGAGCAUCAGCUUGCGGAAGGCUUGGCUACACAGUUUUUAGUGUGGCCUAGUUCUCCCUGAGGUGGUAGACUUAUGCCCAGGCUGUACCAUUUUAUAACUGCAGGUGGGAGCUCAUGUGAUGGAAUGGUCCUCUACCGAUUAAAAAAAAAGAAAAGAUUUCUCACAUAGAAAGCUAGCAUGUUGGAGACAAAGCAAGACUAGAUCCCUUCUUCCUGACACCUGCUUUCUAUGAAGAGGGAGUUUUUGUUUGGGGUAGAAUGUAAUCAGCCUGGAGUGGUACAGUCCAAGCACAAGUUAUCCACCCCAUGCCUAUGUUUCAUUUACCCCCUUGCGGUAUCUGCAGUUGCUGUUGGCUGCUAUUCUAUGAACUCUCAUUAAAUGGAAUACCAAAACCCAGUGGAGAUUU